AUGCUGCAAUUAGAGUUAGAGGUGAGAAUAAUCUAUUUUUUUAUAAAUACAAUGACAGAAUCUUGUUCGAUUUAGUUUAUUCAUAGUAUAAGAUAUUUAUAAUAAUAGAUUAAUCCUCAACUCAUUUAAAGUCAAAAUUGAAAAGCAAAUGCAGAGAUUAUUAAGAAAUUAACGAAAAAAUUGACUUAAAUAUUUAAUAUAUCGAAAAAGGAUAUGUAAAUUAGCAUUUUAUCAAUUUAGCUAAAGCUUUAGAUUUAUGAUGAAUAGAUAAUAUUCGGAGAAGCAACUAUUAAUUUAGGAUUUUAUAUUGAGAACAAUCUUCCUGCUGUUAUAGAUAAUAUUACAAUCUAGAAUAAGUAUGAUCAAGAAGCUUAUGUUGAAUUGAGUUUGGCUUGGAAUUAAUUGGAGUAAAUGCAAACUUAAGAAAUUCAAUCAAGUAAUCCCUUAAGAGAAUAACAAUUAUUAAUGAAAUUAACUUAAUAAACUAGAAAUAGUGUAUAAGGUUUAAAGAUGGAGGAUCAAAUAGAAAGCUAAAAUACAAAUUAUUCCUCAGUUGGAUAGAACUUAAUUAUUCCAGAAUUCAAUUAAGAAUAGUUUGACAAAAAAUCAAUAGAAAAUAGAAAAAAUUAGUAAUUUGAAGAUGAGAAAAUAGAAGAUAUUUUUAGCAUACAUCUCUAAACAACAAAAUCUCAAAAAUUUUAAACUAUCAAAGAUUGUAAAUUUACCAAAAAGUAAGCAACAUAAAAAUCAUCAGGAUUUUUAGAGAAAUAUAAAUCAUAAGUGAAUAAUAAAUAUAGUUAAAGUGAUUAUAAAUCUACAUUUAAAGAAUUAGGAUAAUAAAUUCAAUAAAAAAGCUCAAACAUAUUUGAUUAAAGAAUGAAAAUUAAAAUUGAAAAUUAAUUAGCUGAAUAAAAUAAAAAAGCAGCAAAAUCAAAACUUUUAGGUAAACAAACAGAAGAUAUAGAAAAAUAAGAUUUAAGUAUAUAAGAGGCUGGAUUUUUUAGUAGUAGAAAAUUUGAAUUAGAAAAAGGAUAUAAAGAUACAUCAAUUUAAUAAUUGUAAAAUGAAAAUAAAUAAUUGAAAAAUUAAAUAUAAGCAUUAUAGUUAGAAAAUUAAGGCUUAAAUGAAUCAUUAAUACAAAGUGAAACAACUUUUAAUUUUUUAUCAGAAACUUAUACUGCACUUAGGAAUGAAUAUAAAAAAAUCUAAUUAAAAAUUUAUGAUGAUUCUAAUAAUAACUUUAUUCUGAAUUAAGAGUAUGAUUAUUUAAAAAAAGAAUUGGAUUAGAAAUAGAAAGAGAUUGAGUUCAUUUAGAAGGAAUCUUAAUUAUGGAAAAUAGAAUCAGAUAUUAUUAAAAGAGAGAACUUAUAAUUAUAAACAGAUCUUGAAUAAUUUAAAAAAGAAGUUUUUAAUAAAUAAAUAGAAAAUAUUAAUCUCUAACGAGAUAUUGAGAGAUAAAAAAUUUAAAUUAAUGCUUUGGAAUAAUAAUUAUAGAAUCAAAAAUUAGAAAUUUAAUAAUUCUAUAAAGAAUGUGAAUAAAUUAUUGAUGGAACAGAAAUUAAAAAUUAAAAUGAAGAAUUAAAAUAAAUAAAAUAAAAAAAUGGAGUUUUGGAAGAGAGAGAAAAUUAAAAAUAGGAAUUUUUAGAUGAGGUUGAUAAAAUGAGUCCUUUAUUAUAAUUAGAUGUUUAAAUGCUAAAAAAAUAAUUAAGUGAAAGUAUUUCUGAAAUAAAGUCAAAGUAAAUAAUGAAUGUAGUAGUAGGACCUUAGAAAAUGAGAAAUUAAAAAGUUAAAUCAAUAUAUUUUUAUAAUAACCAAAUUAAUCGAACUUAGAUUUCACAUAUCUUAUUAAUGAAUAUUUAAUUCUUAAUGCUAAUUUGAAAUAAGAAAAUGAAAGUUUAAGUAAAUAUUAAAUUAAAGUUAAAUUUAGUUCAUUAAAAUAAAAAGGAUUAAGUCAAAUUAGAUAGUUUAUAGAAGUAAUUAAACAUAAAUAAAGUAAUAAUUAUGAUAUUAAGAGAAAGAACAUCAUAGAAUUAAGUGAAAAGAGAUAAAAAUCUUUAGAAUAAGAAAUCUUAUCACUUGAAAAAGAUGUUUUAAGUGGUAAGUAAAAUAUGGCUGAUGUUAUUAAUGCUGUUCUUGAUUGUGGUGGACCUGACUUAGCUGAAGCUGUAGAGAGAUUCUUAAUUACUAGAAGGAGUACGAAAAUAAGUUGA